AAGACAAUGACCGUCGGUGCUCUUUCGUAGGUUUGCUCAUCGUUUCAUCCGUUGAGCUCGACCUUUAUCUCUUACCCAUGGAAUCUCCAAUCAUUCAUUCUCCAGUACACAGCAGUGGACCUCCCUCAAGGUCGCGCAGCAGCACGAAGGUUGGUGAUGAUGUGACCAGUCUCACUUCCUUUAACCCAUUUUCCGAGGAAGAUGAGAAUGACCAGUCUUCUUAUGCCCUCGUUACGUCUCUUUUCUCGAGAAUGAAAAGUAGUUUUUCAGUACCUUUAUCCUCUGCGGCUCCAUCAUCAAUCACCCAGCCAAAUGGCACUGCUGGUGCAGAACAACGACGCCCUUCAGCUACAGCAUUGCACAAUACCCAGUCAAGUUUUUCAUCUAGAUCAUCUGCAGCUGACCGUCCAAAUUCACUGUCUGUCUUACCGUCAAACCCAGCGCCUCCCCUCGUGUCUUUAACCCCAGUUGUAUCUGAAGCACCUUCUUUCACUGUAGACUAUGACCGCUCGCCCUCUCGAGGUCCUCUAUAUACUCCUGUCUACGAAACACCGGAUGGUGGUAUGUUUGGAACUGCUAUUCCUGGGUUCCCGAUACAAGAUGAUACCAGAAGUAUCAGAACUUCUGUUUCUGCUUCAAUCCACCGCUCUGCUUCAGUGUCUAAAGUUAUCCGUAGAAUACGCGGAGAAGGUCAAAUAUUCUGUUCACGCUGUGCUUCCAAUAUUAUCAAAGGCUCGAGGUUUGGGCACGACGGCAUGGUCCGUGUGUGCAAUCUCUGUCUCGGGAAACUUGCCAAAGUCGACGAUGACGACGACGACGAUCAAAGAUCAAUCAUUUCAUCCACCACGUCACCAUUUCCUGCCCAUCAGCUAGGCGUGGAUUCAUUUAUGAUGGGGCUUAAUCAUCAUCCACAGUCUCCCUUUGCAGCGUCUCAGCUAUUUGGACGUACGGAUGAACCAUUUAAUCUCUAUUCCAUCGCUGAAACCAAGAGACCUAUAUCUGGAUCAGACGAUAGUGGCUUCGGUUCAAGGCCUAUCACUCCGAGGGAGAUCGAUGGGAUGUGGGAUCCAGGAAGCACAUGGGAACCAGUCCGAGAGAUUACAGCGCCUUUUCGAAGAAAUUUAGCUGAUGAGGAAAAAGACCCUGUCACAUCAUCAAGCGCAUUUAAUGACCAUUCCCCUACAGCUCCAGGCUCCAAAACACCUAUUGAUUUUCCAGUGAUGGUGCCUGUGUCCGAGGGUCCUAUGAGUUCAAUACAAUUUCCAAUGAGUUCUCCCGAUCAACAUGGUCCCGACAGCCCUGGAGGGACGAGUAUGAUGAGGUCCCGUUUCAAUUCUUUUGGCGAUUUUGACGUAGCAACACCUUUUAUUCGGAGUCGGGUUCAGAGUAGACUAGACCAAUUUAUUUCCAUGGAUGCGGGGUGGCGUACUAGAAGGGAUAGCACUGCGCGUUGUUUUAGAUAUGCACAGGAGUUGAACCUCAUUUCGAUGUUUCAUCUCCGUAUCAUGCUUCGACAAAUGCUCAGUACGGAACAGAUACCCAAUAUCAAAGAAUGGGAGGAAACACUUUUGAGACUUGCUCUUAGGAUUGCUCGCGAGCUCACUUUCACUGCAUUACCCCAUCAUCAAGGUGAAGACAUGGAUGUUCGUCGUUAUGUCAAGAUCAAGAAAAUACCAGGUGGUAGUCCAUCUGACUCCGAAUAUGUCGAUGGUGCGGUUAUUACUAAAAAUGUCGCGCACAAGCAAAUGUCAAGAUUUCAAAAAAACCCUCGCGUAAUGUUUGUUACAUUUCCACUGGAGUUUCAUCGAGUAGAGGGGCAAUACGUGCAUUUUGGGCAAAUUCUCCGCCAGGAAAAGGAGUAUCUUGGUAAUCUCGCGUCUCGCAUUGCGGCGUUACGUCCUCAUAUUGUGAUCGUCGAGAAAUCGGUUUCACGAAUUGCACUAGAAGCUCUAGCUGAGCACAACAUCGCCGUGGCUAGAUCAGUGAAACCAUCAGCGAUACAAUUCGUGGCUCGCAUGACACAAGCAGACGUAUUUUCGUCCAUGGACAAGCUUGCACUGGAGCGUCGGCUGGGACAUUGUAAACGGUUCCGCAUUCAAACUUUUGAUCAUCAUCUUAUUCCUGGUCGUCGGAAAACAUAUAUGCGUUUCGAAGGAUGUAGUCGUGACAUGGGCUGUACCAUAAUCCUCAGGGGCGGCGAUUUCGAGACGCUCCGAAGGGUUAAAAAAGUUACUCGGUUCCUCACUUUUAUUGUUCGCAAUUUGAAACUGGAGACACACUUGUGGAAGGAUUCUGUUAUUACACUGCCAUCAUUGACAGCCGAGGCUAUCCCUGCUUCCCCAUCUCGUCAAAUAACAGGAGCUUCUGGGUCACAGUCUCUCGUACCUGCUUCCAUCUCGUCGGCGCGUUUAAUUGUAUCAUCGGAUGAAGUGGAAUCCACGUUAAAUGUUUUUCAAACGGAAAGCACAGCUGAGGAAGACCUUCCCGACGAUGAAGCAGAGCAGAUGCGACUAUCGAAGCGCAUACACCAAUCACUCGAACCUUAUACCAAAACCUUCAUAUCUGUUUCUGCGACUUUGAGGUUCCCACCUCCCCAGCCACUACGGCGUAUGAAAGAGCUAGAUGAUGAGCUUAUGUAUGUUAAGAGGGCUUGGGAAGACGAAGUUGUUCGACGAGAAGAGCAGGGUCACAAGGGACAUAUAAUGGAGAUGUCCGUCACUCCAAUGCCGAUCAUAGAGGCUACCCAUGAUGCGGACGAUGUCAAGGCUCAGAUAGAGGCACUACAUCUACCAGAUAUGCCCGGGACACCACUUCUAAGCCAGACUGGUCUCUCGGACGUCGCUGAAGCCCCUAGUGGAUACUUCGAUCCUCAGCCCAACUCUUCUCCCCACAUAUUCCCACAGUCAACCCUCAUUACUUCCCCAAUGAUCUUAAGCCCAAGGAUGGAAGAACCCCAGUUGCCCCUCAAGACUGCUGCAGAUAUAUCUUUAGAAAGCCAACUGAGUCUAGUAAAAUGGCAACAUGAAGAGCAACGACGCAUCUGGGAGUGGUAUCUACGGAAAAAUAGCGAUGAUUUCGUGGUCGAGAAGUAUCAGCGUAUAAGCCUUUGGGAAUAUACUAUGCCUAUUGCGGAAUUUGGCUUACAUCGAGCUUGUUUCGCACCUCAUCUCAACUACAUCACAUUCUAUGGGGAGAAAGACUGUACCCUUGGACAAUACAUCGAAAAAUCCGUUUCUGACACUCUAGUGCAAUUCUUGGAUCCCAAGGCCAUAUGCACGGGUAAGGGUUGCACCCAACCACUAGCUCGUCACUGCAAAGUCUACGUCCACAACGAAACUCGCCUUUUUGUUGCUGUGGAGCAAUGGGAUGGUCAAAUUAAAGGUCGAAACGUCCAUCCCUCCCCUGAAUUAAUCACUACCUGGAGUGCCUGCCGUGUAUGUGGUUCAGCAACUCCAUUUAUUCCUGUUUCAGAGGAGAUGCAACGCUAUUCGUUUGCAAAAUUCUUGGAACUGCAUUUUUACCCGGCUGAUGUGCAGCUUGUUCAAGGAGCUGGCUGUCAACACAACAUAUACCAACACCAUAUCCGGUAUUUUGCUUCAAAAGGAAUGACUGUACGAUUUCAAGCAGAUCCUAUCUUGCUUCAUGAGGUUGUUUACCCUCCUAUGCGUAUACGUGUGCGUCCAGAAACCCAACUGGAGCUGAAAAACGCAGACUUUGAACGUUUGCAUCGCCGAAACCUGAUGUGGUACACUGCUUUAGUUGACGAUCUCAAGUUGAUUAGUAUCGAUGCUUCUACCGGCGACGAGGAGCAUGAUGCACGUCUCACAGUGGAUAUCAAUAUUUUGAUUUCCCGGGCUGAAGCAGAGAGGGAAGAAAUUAGUAACCUCAUCAACCGAAUUUACAAGGAGUCAUCGCCUACUGAUACUUUAGCAUUAAACCACAUACGCUCGUAUAGGCAGGACAAGAUUGUAGCAUGGCAGCAGGAUUUUGACAAAUUGCCAAAGCCUCGACCUGCAAACACCUUGGAUCGCAAUAGUCGUCGAGUUUCCGCCUUUGGGUCUGUUCGAGCAAUGUGGCCAAAGAAAUACGAUUUACCCAGUGCUUUUGGUGACCUACACAUUCCUUCCUCAAGUGUCUCAGAAGCCGAAGGGGGCCGUUUAUCCAUGAGACGAGUAACUGGUGAUUCAUUCACGUCAUCGGCAUCUGAAGCCUCUGAGGUGGAACCUGAGACAACCUGUGAGCCUGCACAAGCAGGGAAGGAUGCUAUUUCUGAAAUGAAGUUGGAGCCGUCGCUCACGGCACCUAGAGAAAUAUUUCCAGAGGAUUCGUAUAUUCCUGUUGCGACGAAAAAUGAUCCAGAUAGUGAUUCUACAAUUGGAGCUGCUAAAGAUGAUGGUAUCUUAUCUGACCAGGCACCUAUCUCGGCCUCACAGGUUCGUAAAACAAUAACAUUCGAGCCCAACGGCGAUAGAACUGUUGAACAGAUGUCAAGAUUGCCCCGGCGCGCUACUCAAAACCCUAGUGUAGCAGAACUUGUCAAAAAGUAUCAAGACUUCUUACCUCCCCAGGGCGUCCAGGAACUCGCAAAGACUGCUUUAGCUCCACCCCCUCCAGUGUCGGAAAGUGACCAAGAGAGUGUGAUCAUGCCAUAUCCUCGUACGCUACGCUCGAAGAGCAGGCGUCAUGGGCCCUCCAAGAAACCUUCCAUAUCGGACUUCGAGCAAAGUUAUGCGGUUAAUGUUGCCUCGAGGUAUCUGACUUACAAUCGUCGAUCUCUUGGCCAGGGGCCACAGGCUAGUCGCAUUCCUGGACCCAUCGGAUCUUCAGUCGAAUCCCAGCCUCCGUCUCGUCGCGCGUCGCCGGAUAAACGUUCUGCCAAAACCCUUACAGAUGGGUCAAGUAAACUUGGUCGUACAUCUCCCCCUUCGGGGAGCAAAGCACCCGUUCCUCCCACAACUGUUGCUCGGAAUAUGAGGGGAAAACCCCCGGCGCGAGGGUUCCCCAAGGACAAGGCAUCUUCUCGGCCACCAUCUAGUUCGGGGACGAAGCCGGGCUUCCGGAGAGCACCAGUCGGAACAGGCAGCAAGGUAUCGAAUAUAGCUAGACACUUUGAGCGGAUAAAUCGAGAUACCGAAAAAGCAAAUCGACGUUAUGCUGUUAUUCGCGGUAAACGGGCUCGACCUGUAGCGUCUGCGAAAGCCACUGUAGAAGUCCUCGACAGUAUCAAAGACGCCAUUAAGGACGAAUCCGAGAGCUCCGAUUCCUCAAGCGAAGCAGAUGAUGAAGGAGGCGAUGAAGAUGAAGGGCGUAAAUCAAGUGAUAAGACUACCUUGGAUUCAUCUCCCGAACAAUCAGCUACACUUCCUGAGGUGAAGGUGCAGCCAGAGGUCACCGAUAAUAGUAAUCCCGCACCAAAUACUCUCGAUAAUUCAAAUGAUGUGAUAUCUACGGUUCCUCAAUCGCAGGUACUUCUGCCUCGUCCUAUCGUUCAACCUGAGCCUCAGACCAAAGUUCCCGCAUCACCAUUCUUAUCAUCCACGCCGGCGUGUCAAAACCCUCCUUCGACGCCGUUGACACCUGAUAUGGAUAUUAUCGGUGGCGGAACAGAACGCGGCUCGAUUUUCAAAGCUGCAUUGUCUGGUCUCUGGCCUCAACAAUUUCCGCAACCCCGCCGUGUAGAAUUCGAAGGCGAUGAUCCUAUGAGUGAUCCAGAGCAUAUUUUCCGUGAUUCAUCAAUGGUUGUACGUACCGAUGAGCCAACGUCCAUUAUCGCCUUGGCAUUGAACUCCCCACAGUAUCGCGACAUGCUAGCUAGAUCACGCGCGGAGAAACGAAUAGCUCGCGAACCGAAGCUCACAGAUGGUGGAGAGGCUUUUAUGCCUGAUGAUCGUUCCGUGGCAGAGUCAACAUCUACUUGGGGUGUCGUAAAUGUUGAGAGUGCAGACUGCGCCAAUCCAACAGAUGAGCUGAAGUCUGCGUCUUCUAAACUUCCCUGGGCAAUUUCUUUUGAAAGUGGAGGUCUGACCAUCAGCUGCACGGUCCUAUAUCCGGAACACUUUGACGCGUUACGAAGGACCUAUGACUGCGAAAAAUCUAUCAUUGAGUCUUUAGCACGAUGUGUAAAGUGGAAUGCGAGCGGCGGUAAAUCAGGUUCCGCCUUCUUGAAAACCCGAGAUGAUCGUUUCAUUGCCAAGGAGCUAUCCAGACCUGAAUUACAGACGAUGGAGACAUUCGCUCCUGCUUAUUUCGAUUACAUGGCUUCGGCUGUUACUGGAAACCGGCCGACUUUGCUUGCCAAAGUUUUCGGAUGCUACAAAAUUACGUUCAAGAAGACCAAGGACAAAGGAUCUAGCAAGUCGAAACUAACGCAGAUGAACUUGGUCGUCAUGGAAAAUCUCUUUUACGAUCGACGCUUUUCGAAGAUAUAUGACUUGAAGGGGUCAACUCGCAAUCGCCACGUACAGUCAACCGGUCGAGAAAACGAGGUUCUUUUGGAUGAGAAUUUGGUUGAAACUGCUCAUUUAUCUCCUUUUUAUCUGCGGGAACAUUCCAAGCGUGUUCUUCGGGGAGCAUUAUACAACGAUAGCAAAUUUCUUGCCGAUAUCAAUGUUAUGGACUACUCCUUAGUCGUUGGUGUGGACAACAUAAAAAAUGAGCUGGUAGUGGGCAUCGUUGAUUACAUCCGAACCUACACAUGGGACAAAAAGCUAGAAAGCUGGGUAAAAGAAUCCGCUUUCAUGGGUGGUGCUGGAAGAGGGGAGCCUACCAUUGUCACACCCAAACAAUACAGGCAACGGUUCAUUAGUGCAAUGGAGCGGUAUUUCCCCCUGGUUCCUGAUCGUUGGAUGAAACAAAAAGAUACAUCUGAGGAAGAUCCCCGUAGUCUUGCUGAACUCUGGCCUGAUUGGUAAAUUCACAUCUUAAGCGUUACUUCUUGUGGUUAUUUUUGAACUCCUCCUCGUAUUGGCAUAUGUAUUGUUACCACCUCUAUUUCAUCUGCGUAUCAUAGCACUCAUCACAACCACUGUUUAGUACAUACCACAGCAAUAUCAUUUUUGAACUAGUCUUAGCACAUCUUGUCAUAUUCAUAGUUUACGCACUCUAUAUUUUUCCCUGUUGGCUAUGUCGUGGUUUUGAUGUUUCAUUUCUUCUGAGAAUUGCUCUUUUGUGGCUUUCUUAUCUGCGCGUCGUACUUGCCGCUCUGCCUUAACGGCUUGCUUGCGAGCCUUCUUCUCCUCUUUAGACUCGUCACGAGGCCUUGCUGUAGUUUCCUUUGGAACUUUCUCGUGAUUGGAGUCAUCAGCUGCAGGGAUUGAUUUAGCAGACCGGUUCUUCAGCUGUCGAGAUUUUGUGAUGGAAACCUCCCCAUCGACCAUGGGUAAUCCAGUUCGAGGAUCUAAUCUAAUCUUCGGUUCGGGCUUUGGCUCGCGAGCACGUAUUAAACGUGGAUGAUUUUCAAGAUUGGAAUAUGUAGACAGAACGGUUUCACAAUCCCAUCUAUCCUUCUUGUCUUCUUCCAAUGUCAUAAAGAUGUCUUGGUCAUCCGUAUCCUCUUCCUCGGCAUUGCUUAUUCUCACCCGCUCAUCUUGCCCCAUAGCUCUUCUUAGUGUCUCCAGUUUUGCAGCACCGCUAUCUCCCGCAAGUACGGGCUUCAUCUUUCUGCCUAGAAGUUCAUAGUUAUCCAAAAAAUCGUUCAUCAUAUCCUCAAAGUCGUCUCGCGAAGUGAUGAGAUCUGGUGCCUCAUCAGAAAGAUCAGAAGAGGACUCUUCUUCUUCGUCCUCGUCGUUCGAUUGGUACUCUUUACCAAUCAUCUGAUCAAAACGCUCAUCAAGAGUAAGCAGUGCCUCUGUACGGUACAUAGACGAGCUACUCAUGCUGUAGCCUGAGGCAUCCGAUGUACCUUUUCGCCUUCGCUUCCCCCCCACUACAGCCAACUUUGGAAGAUUCCCAACAGUAUCUCCGCCCUCGCUAUGAGCAUCAGAACCAGAAUCACUUCCUGCAGGGCCGUUCUUUUGCUCCAGUUUAAAUUUCGCAAAUCUCGUCUCCCAGCCAUCUUCAUCUUCACUGCCUUCAGUGGGAUCGCCAGUAAUAUUGUGCUCCCUCAGGUCAUCCUCGAAAAACUCAAACUCUACUUUAUCACCUUCUUCUCGUUCUCCUGCCCCAACAAGCUCGCCAAAGAAAUUGUCCUCCAGACCAUCGUCUACAAAAGCAUCGUCCUCAAGGGCUUCUAGCACCUGUCGUAAGUGAGGAUCCAUAUCAGGUUGAAAACCAGCUAUCGAUGAAGGAACAGCCUCCUGUGACUCAUAAUUUCUUGGUAGUUCUGAGGUUGAUGGUAGUGCAUCAGAGGGCAGAUCCCGCAGAAAAAGAGGUUCUCGCUGCUUCUGUUUUGACUUUGCCUUUUGUGAGGUUGGAGCCUCGAUCCAUACACUGUCUACACCUUCUUCUUCUUCUCCCGCUGCGCGCAGAUGUUGCAUGUAGUCAUAUUCUGUGUCAUCGAAAUAUACUCCGUACAGAGAAGCUUCUCCUACAUUGGCACGGGAGUCGUGUUCCAGAUCGGAUGGAGAGAUAAUGGCCUCAAGCUCUACUCGAGAUUU